ACUAUUUCUGUACACACGUCCUGGCAUAAUGUGGAUUACUACAGUCGCUCUAUACAGCAUGUGUAUAGCACACGCGCUUUCAAAUUGCCCUGAUGGAUUUUUACGGCAUGCGGACACAUGCUACCACUUCAGUCAUGACACGGAAACCUACAACAGUGCUAAGAGCAUAUGUCACAACGACCUCAGUGGUAGUACCUUGGUGGAGAUCGAGACCGCGGAAGAGAACGCAUUCCUUGCCGCAGAGGCUAAACGAUAUAACCAGUAUUACAUAAUAGCCCUAAACGACAUAGCAGAGGAGGGUGUUUGGGUCUGGGGGGAGAGUCAUGAUAAAGCCACCUACUUCAACUGGGGCCCCGGGCAACCAGACAAUUACAAUGCAGACGAAAACUGUGUCCAGUUGGCGCCAAACGGAGAGUGGAUUGAUAUUCCUUGCCAUCAGCUGAAGAACUACAUCUGUGAACUGAGAGAUGAAGGUCCAGAGGUCGUAGGAUAGAUGUUGGUCUUGUUGCUCCAGACGCUGGUUUUGUUGCUCUUUUUGCUGUUACAUUGAAGUUGUUGUCAG